AGUGAGAGUAGUCUGAGAAAUGGAGACCGGUGACAGAGAGAGAGAGAGUGACCGGAAACUUCCUCUCUCUGCCGCUGCCGCUGCUGCCUUAAGAAAGCCCAGCGUCUCUCUCUCUCUCUCUCUCUCUCUCUCUCUCUCCACAUAUCACUCGUCAUCGGACCCACCCAACGAGUCACCUCCGACAACUGCUUUCUUUGUCCAACAGCAGACGCCACCUCCUAAUUCUCCCUCUUCCUUCUCCACUCCGCCUCUCUUCAGCAGCAGCUCUUCUUGUUCACCGUAUCUUCUUAGCUACUGCUGAUAUGAUUUGCUUACUGAAGCUUUGCGAUGCAUGCACACUGUGGAUCCGAAGAAAUCUUCUUGUGGAUUGUAUGAUAAAUGAAGCAGCUCAUAGUUGGCAAUAUAUUUAUUAUCUUUGUGCUUGAAUUCUCAGCACACAGUCUGGCAUUGGACACGUUGAAGUAGUCUCCCACAAGACGAAAAUUCCUCGCUCUUGCCGAGCAAUAAAGCUUCCGCGUACAGAGCCCCCGCCAGGCGUCCCCUAUUUGGAGCCACUCCUUCCCGCCCUCUGCUUUCUCUUUAAGUAGUCGCCAUUAUUCCCUCCUGUCGUUCUGCCUUUUUGUGCCUUCCACCCGUCAUAGAGAGGAAUGGAGCAGCAGCAGCAGCGGAGGCAGCGGCAGCAGCAGAAGCAGCCGUCGCGAGUGCCAUGCGCGAGGUGCGGUUCGGAGGACACCAAGUUCUGCUACUACAACAACUACAACACUUCCCAGCCGAGGCACUACUGCAGGACCUGCAAGCGCUACUGGACUCACGGCGGCACCCUCCGCAACGUCCCCGAAGGUGGCUGCUCCAAGAAGAUCAAGAAGAAACAGUCGCUGCCGUCGUCUUCAGCCUCGUCCAAGAAGCUUCCUCAAGCACAAGCGCCGAUUAUCCCCCAGAUGCAGGACACUGCGGCUGGUGCGCUCGGCCACCCGACCCGAGCUCCCAUGCCGACUCCAUUCUUCCAUGCCGGAGGAGGCGGAGCAGCCGGGUGGGAAGAUCAUAUACUAAAUGAGUCCGGUCUUCCUGUCUUCAACCCCGUACCGCCGCCGCCGCCGGGAUUCAAUCGCCUGCAAUCGCUGGAUGGAAUCAGCUUGCAGCAGAUGGCGCAGCGGCGGCGGUUGAACCUGCCGCUGCACCAAAACUUGACGAUGUUCCAACAAGAGCAUCAAAUGAAUCCUCCCAUGUUCACCCCCGCAGCUUCCUCCGUCGCUGCGACUGCGACAUCCGAAGCCAGGAAUCGGAACAACAGCAUGUCUGCCGCCUUUCGUCCUCCUCCAUCUUCGUCUUCCUCAUUCAUGUAAAACGAGUUCGCCUCGCUUCAAGAAAUAUUUGUUAGGUUGGUAAAUAUUUGAGGAGUCACUAUGUAGAAUAUUAGGAUUAGGAUUAGAAAUUCAAGUAAAACAACAAAAGUUCUCGUCAAAUUAGGUUUUAUCGCUAUAAAUACAUCAUGUAUCCUAAGGGAGAUGGUUGAGAGAGAGGCUCUUUUAGAGUCCAUAUGAGAGGACGUCCAUUGGAUUCAAGGUUUCUAUGAGAUAUUUCUUAUAUUUAUUUUUUUCAUGCGAUAAAAUAUUUAGUUUUUUCUAUUAUUCUUUGAUUAUUAUUAUUAUUUAUUUGUUUGUUUCGAAAUCUUCUCUCUCCCAACAAAACAUACGUAUGAAGCUUUCUCCGCGAGAGAUGAUGACAUGCAUGCUUCUUCUUCAGCCAUCGAUAUUAUCUUUGUGGUGUGGUGUGUUUCAUGGUUUUGAUGUGCACAGAAGCCGCGUUGUGUUUCAUGGUUUUGGUGCGUGGAGAAGCCGCGUUUGCAUGAGGAUUGCAAACGUGAAAAGAAAGGUUACAGUGGGACGUGGAAACCAAGGAAGAGAUAAUUCCAUUAAGAAGAAGAAGAAGAAGAAGAAGAAGAAGAGG